AUGAAUGCUUUUGUGGCAUCUUUGCAAAAUGCGGAAAAAUCAUCACUUUUGGAUCUUUACAUCAAUACCCACUGGAUCACCACCAUUGUGGUCUUUGCAGGCGCAUCCCGGUUACUUAUGAUUAGUUCAUGGGCAUCCGAGAUCUUCUCCCUGAUGCUGCAGUUGCUCUGCUUUUGUGUUGUCGUUAAUGCGAUGGUGGCUGAUUUCUGGAAUCUUCGCAUUUUGUCGGCUUUGAACGGUACCAUGGUGCCUGCUGCAACAACGAUCUCAUAUCUAAAACUGUAUAACAGUAUGGAUGCUCUAUUAUGUGUGAUUGCAGUCUUGCUCUCCUCAUAUAUUAUUUAUCAGCAUUUUUAUUUAUCUGCUGCCAGCUCCUAUAGUCAGACGCCUUCAGUGAAGCUUCUUGGCAUGGGAACGGCAUUGGUUGUGCUUGGCGUGAUUCGUUUUGCCUGUUAUUUCUGCGAGUUUUUCAAAUUAGCUGGACAGGAUCGUCUACGGGCCCUAUUUGCCAACUAUACACUUGAUGAGCCGGCCUGGAUCUGUGUUCAGUUAACUUUAGGUGUGCUCUGGCGUUCUGUCCCUUUCCGCCAGGGUAGCAAAACUUCUAGCGUAGCUCUCACGCUGGCGCUAGCCGUCUUCCACUGGCUGAAUGCCAUCAGUCUUUUAACCCUCUGGCUUCGACUACAUACAAUAUCCCUUGACGUCUACACGAUAUGGAAAAAGCUAUUCUACAGGCUUUUCCAUGGAGCUGAACAAAAAACUCCUUUUCCUGACCGCUCUCACUGCCAUCUUUGCGAUGGCCGCUUCGACAUCAAAAUUCGCUCCUAUUGCUGUUCCCGCAUGCAUUGUUUUAUCGUUGUAUUCACUAAAUUCGACGAUCUUUCAACUGAUCUCAUAUUUGUAUCUCUCGUGGAAUGGCUACUUUGGCGAUCAGCUUUGCGAGUUAUUCUUCCCCCGGAACUUGGUCGCUGUUUCUUGGAGGUGACUAAGACAGAAGCGAUAAUCCAUUUCAUCCAGAUGUUGUUGGACUUUUCUGUGCUGAUUCUUUCCUGUGUUCUAUGUGCAUGUUCAAUGCGAAUAACAACUAUGGCUAAGACCGAGGUCACUGGUAAUCGGAGGCUGGAGCCUCCCAUAAGGUGGCUCGGUGUACUAAUGGCUCUAUGUGGGCUCACUGUGUUGGUGCAGGCUAUUCUUUUCUUCCGAACAUCGACUGACCUUCACCCGAUGGUCGUCGUCUACAUGGCGCUUUACCAUAUGGCCUUAGCCAUUGGACUUAUCAUCUUUCCCCUUUAUCAGAUUCUAUGUUCGGAAAAACUGAGCACACAUCCACUCAGCCAGACGGCGUUGCUUAUUCUGUCAGUGGUGCGAUUCGUCGAGAUUCUCACUCAACUCGAUUAUCGCGGAACCGGCGACGACUUGUCGUUCGCCUGGAAAGUGCAUCAAACGGCCGACUUUAUCGCUUUGAUAAGCCAUUUCGCCACGGCUAUGCUCGUGAUUCGACUUAUGGGAAAUGAUAUUGUAGAAGCUGACGAACUUCAGCUUCGAUUCAACAAUCCAUUGACAUUGGAAGAAAAUGGCGACUACCUACAGCUCAGACCUCAAGAAGACUCCAUAGAGAUUCAUUUACUAAUGCUUAAUAAAGAUUAUUUGUACAAAUUAUGA